UUUGGGGGAUAUAUAAAUUUAGAGUAAAACAACCCCCCCCCUUUACCCGCUCCCAUUUAUUACACUUGGUAUAACACUAGUGUAACAAUAAUUGGGUACCCUCCCAGCAGUAUAUUGGAUAGAAGCUAUCCCUUAGUGGGUUGAAUCCUCAACCCCUAACUCUCUUGCAUUAUAUAUAUAUAUAUAUAUACCGUUUGUAGAAAACAUAAAUCCGGAGAAGCACACUCUAAAAUGUACAGUAAUAUAUAUUAAAAAUGGGAAAGGCCGGUUUAUGGGAUUACCUUAGGUUUCCUGUCCAUAAAGGGUUUAGCUUUAUGGUGUAUCAUCAGACCCCAAAACCUGUUGGCCUAUGACCUCUUCAAAAUAUGGAAGAGGGAAACCUCGCAACUCAUAAAGAACGAAAGACAAAUUCAACCUCCGACGUAUUUGAACGUAGAGCGUAAAGUCGGAAUCAAGGUCGCUAUGUAUUUUGUCCGACAAUGCUAAGCAUUCUGUCAGCUUGCUGACUAAAAUAUAAGUUGUUUCCCUUGUAAGUAACCACAACAAUGGCGCUGAAAUUAAUUACAGCAUGCAGUACUCUCCGCUCGUCAACAAGACUAACCUUCAGCUGUUUUUCGAGACCUCUGGCUCGUUUAAGCGAAGACUCCAAUAUCGAUGUACCAAAACCACCAAAGAGACCAAUGAGUGCAUUCUUUGAAUUUGCAUUAAAAAACCGUCCAGCAGUUCUUGAAAACAACCCUGGAAUUGAUUCACAGGAAGUUAUUCGCAGAGUUUCACAGAUAUACAAGAACUUGCCAGAUUCAGAAAAACAGGUUCUUAGAGAACAGGCCCAAACUCGGUUGCAAGCCUACAAGGAACAAUAUGCUCAGUUUAGAGCUGAUUUAUCUGCUGAACAACUGACUGCUUUGAAGGAGUCUGUUUCCAAGAAGAAAGAGGAUCGAGCAAAGAGGAAAAAGAAGCUGUCUGAGCGGAAACAUGGCAGGCCACGAAGGCCAAUGAACUCCUAUGCUAUUUUUGUCCAAGCAUCAAAAGUUGAACGUGGAAAUCUUCCAUUUAUUGACUUUUCAAAGCAAUUAGCAAAUACCUGGAAAAAUUUGCCAAAAGAAGAAAAAGAGAUUUAUAAUGAAGAAGCUCGAUUGGAACGCGAGAAAUAUGCUGUACAAAUGAUGAACUGGGAAAAACUAAUGUUGGAAGAGGGACGUUUGGAUUUGAUUCGAGGCUACAGGAGACCAAGUAAAAAGGUUAAAAAAGUGAAAAAAGCCAAAAAGAAGAAGGUUGUAGUAAAAGCCAAAAAGGUUAAAAUUAGAAAAAGUAAGAGAGCAAAAAAAAAAUCAAAAUCCACAAAGACACCUAAAGUUGUAAGCCAAGAGCAAAGUUAAGAUUUACCAAUUAAAUCUUUAGCAUUUAAACCAGCCCAAAUAUUUUGCCUGUUUUAUGCUCAAACUGGCCAGAUCCGACCUCUCAUACCAAUCCCAUAUUCUGAAUAUAAGCAAUCACAUCAUCAGUAUCUUGAAGCUACAAGAUAACACACAAGUUAUUCAAUAUGAAUAAAUAAGCAUCACAUUUGACUGAGUAAUCUCAUCUUUUUUUUUCCAGUUUACUUUCUGUAAAAAUUGUUAUUGGCAGACAUUUACCUGGACACGUGUGUUUUUUCAUUCUUUAUUUAAUUAAUUUUUUUUUAAAUUUUAAUUUUAAUUGUUAUUGGCAGACAUUUACCUGGAUACGUGUGUUUUUUCAUUCUUUAUUUAAUUAUUUUUUUUUUUUUAAUUUUCAACUGUCAUUAUUUUGUCCAAAGUUAGCCCUUACUCAGCAGAUCUAUAAUCAAGCCAUGAAUAAUCUGCUCCAAGACAUCUAGGAAUACAUUAUCUGAGUCCUUUUUUAAAGAUGGCAGCAUGUGAUUUAAGGAUUUAAGAGAUCUAGCUGCUAUUUCUAGCAUGUUGCGUGACCACAUAGAGACUCCCUCACUGGUUUGAUGACUUAAAAAGAAAUUUUCUUCUUCAUGUAGAGCAGACUAUAAUCAAAGAUUUACCAUCCAUAACUAUUAUAUCUCUUAGACCAGAUUAGCCAAAGUAACCCUUCCAUUUUUGAGACGGCAGGGUCAAAUUUGAGGGAAAUUUGGCUGCUAUUUCUACUAGGUUGAAUGACAGUAUAGUGACUCUUUCACUGGUUUCAUGUUUUUUAUGAAUUUUUUUUUUGUGUGCGUGAUUUUCUGACAUUUUAUAAUGAAGCUGCUGUCAAAGAGACAGUAUGUGUGUGCCUUGUACUUGAAGUCUUUUUCUAACUUCCCAUCUUCAUCCAUAUGAUUUGUCAACACAUUCAGAUGGACUUGAAAGGUAAGAGUUUAGAAAAUGAACCCCAACAUUUCUUUCAUUGCCUUACUCCUUACCUCAGCUGAUGCUGUAUUUGGUUUCUGUUGUUCAUUCCAAAUCUGUAUUUUCUUUCCUGUCAAUUUGAAUGAAUGGGUUUUGUUCCCUCUAGAAGUGGAAAUUUCCAGUGUUUAGUAGCAUCAAGAUAAGUAAUUGACUUUUUGAGUACAGUGCAUGCUGUGGUACUCCUGUAUCUUAACUAGUUUUUGUGUACUUUACUGUCCUAAAAGAAAAUAAAAUUUGUAUAAAAAUAUCAAAUACA